CUCUCACAUUUACUUUAAAAUUAAAAUGACAUUUUUGUCCCUCUCCACUCCUUCUCCUUCCUCCUCUGAAUUCCCCCUCUCAGUUUUUCUCUUUCAAUCAAAUCCAUAAAAACAAAUUCUAAAUGUAGAAAGAGCUUUUUCAAAAAGGAUAAAAUAUUUGGAAAAGAGCUUGGAUCCGACCCAUUGGAUCCAUUUGCUCUUUCUCCCUCUCCAUCUCUCUGCUUCUUUAACAAAGAGAGGGAGACAUACAUUUAUCCAUCAUCAUUAUUAUGGUUCUUUUUUUUUUUUUUUCAUUCAACAAGCAAAAAGGUAUACUUAACUUGUUGAGUUCCACUUGGAAUUUGCAUCUGCGAAUGGUACAGAACGAAUUAGCAGUGAGAUUUGUGAGCUGAGUAAUAAUAAUGGGUGGUUGUGUAUCAACUCCAGCAACCACAAUCAGGGUAAGGAAGAAACUCCAUCGUCGCCACAGAAAGUACCACAGAAAGAACACAAACUCAGGUCUAAUAGGAACCAGGAAAAGAAACAGUGAUGCACGGGUAACGGAUAUUGCUGUUAGUGAGUUUGUUCAUACAACUACAACCUGCAGAACAUCUGAGGUCUCCAAUUCUACAUUUCAUCUCACUCAGUUGCAGUGGCAGCAUAGUCAAAUAGAUGCUGAUGUUGUUUGCCAAGAAGAAGCAUGGUUUGACUCGCACAGCAUUUUUGAGUCCGACUCAGAUGAUGACUUUAGUAGUGUUCAUGGAGAUAUUUUGCCCAGCAUUCCAAGUGGACAAGUACUUCAGUAUGAAACUUCAUCAUGCUUUGUGGAUAGCAAACUCAAGUACAAUGAAUACCACGGGAAAUAUCUCAAGAUUGAUGGCAGUAAGGUUUGGAGCAAAGAUGGAGUCCAGGAUCGAAAUGGACUUGCGGUGUUAAGUGCUCCAAACUGCGAACUUCCAUCCCUAAGGAAGAGUGAAGAUUUUGGCACCAAGAAGAAGAAGAACUUGGAUCGUGCCUAUGCAAGCUUUAAAAGUGUUAAAAAGGAGAUACUUCAGAUGCAGGAGAAAACUCAGGAAACAGUUUUAAAGUCUGUUUUACCGAAGUUGGUAAAUACCUUGAGUUUCAAUGACAAAAUCAUAAAUGGAUCAAAUUCAGCUCCACAUUCUCAAGUAAGGAAGUCAACUAUUAUAAGGCUUUCUAUGAAGAGGACAUCUGUUGAUGGAGAAGAAAAAAAUGAAUUUCGUUCUUCAAGAAAGUUUCUUGGUCGCCCCAGGGCUGGGGUUUCAGUUCCUUGUUGCACAGAAGAAAAGUCUAUUGCAGGAAGUUGGUCAAAGAUUGAGCCCUCAAACUUUAAGCUCCGUGGUGAUAGUUAUUUCAAAGAUAAGAAGAAAGCCCCUGCUACUAAUGUGUCUCCUUAUACUCCAAUUGGGGUCGACUUAUUUUUUUGCCCAAGAAAGAUCAGUCAUAUAGCACAACACAUUGAGCUUCCUUCCAUAAAAGGAGAUGGAAGAAUACCACCAUUACUAAUUGUUAACAUUCAGUUGCCCACUUAUCCUGCCCCAAUGUUCGUUGGUGAUGCUGAUGGAGAAGGCUUGAGCAUUGUAAUAUAUUUCAAACUUUCUGAAAGUUUUGAGGAGGACAUCUCUCCCCAGUUUCAGGACUCCAUCAAGAGAUUCAUUGAGGAUGACAUGGAAAAGGUGAAAGGUUUUGCAAAAGAAUCAAUUAUUCCGUUCAGAGAGAGGUUGAAGAUUAUGGUUGGGUUGGUUAAUCCAGAUGAGCUUGUUACAAGUGCUACUGAAAGGAAGCUUAUGAAUGCUUACAAUGAAAAGCCUGUGCUUUCUCGCCCUCAACACAAUUUUUAUCAGGGCCCAAAUUAUUUUGAAGUUGAUCUUGACAUUCAUCGCUUCAGCUACAUAGCAAGAAAGGGGCUCGAUGCUUUUAGAGAACGUUUACGACAUGGAAUAAUUGAUUUUGGUCUAACAGUUCAGGCACAGAAGCCAGAGGAGCUGCCAGAGAAAGUGCUUGGUUGUGUUAGACUGAACAAGAUUGAUUUUGUUGAUCAUGGCCAAAUACCUACCCUUGCGAGAGUUGAGGAAGAUUCAUGUGCAGAAUAAUAUUAACUAAUACCCGCAUCGAUAUUGCUCGGGCUCUUCAAAUGUGUCAAUGAGUGCAUGCCGAAUUCUCCAAAAAUAAUGUAUUUUUGAAGAAUCCAACACAAGUGCAGCAUUGGAAGUGAAGAUAGAACCGCAUGUGGCAUAGGGGAGUAGAUCAUAGUGCAUCUUGAGCUUUGUAUAUAGCUCAAUUGUUUUUUGUUUUUUCCAAAAAAGUACACAUUGUAGUAUUAAACAAAUUGCUACUAACUCACUAAAUUAUAAUGGACGCCGUGGUACUCCGAACCCACUGACUUAACUUC